UGGCUCUCAAGCAAUGCAUGACUUACUGUAGCAAAUGCAAAGUCAAGCAGACAAGAGGAGAGAAAGAGAGAAAUUCCAUGGAAGUUUCGUGAGCAAGUAGUAUUAAUGUUGACGCUAUAAUGCAAGUAGCACAAAACCAAGAAUUUCAACUAUAGUGUGUUAUUGCUGCUAGUAUGUCUCAUUCAAAAUAUGAUGUGUUCAUCAGCUUUAGAGGGGAGGACACUCGCGAAAACUUCACUAGUCAUCUUCAUGCAGAAUUGCGUAGACAAAAUAUUGAAACAUUCAUAGAUAAUAGACUGGUCAGGGGCCAAGAGAUUUCUCCAGCACUGUGUAAAGCAAUAGAAGAAUCAGCUAUUUAUGUGGUCAUUUUGUCAGAACACUAUGCUUCUUCCACAUGGUGCUUGGAAGAACUCACAAAGAUACUGGAAUGUAAGGAGAGAUAUGGAAGGGAAGUGAUACCUAUAUUCUAUAGGGUGGAUCCGUCAAAUGUUAGGCAUCAGAGACAAAGUUAUGCUGACGAUUUUGUUAAACAUCAUCUAUGUUUUGGGGACAAAGUGGACGUAUGGAAGGCUGCUCUGUCCCAAGUAGCUAAUCUCUCUGGCUGGGAUUCACAAAAAAUCAGGCCAGAUAGCAAUUUUGUUGAAGAGAUUGUGAAAGAUAUUGUGAAAAAAUUGAGUAGUUGUGCCUCAAAUGAUCAUGAAGAAAAGAUUGGAAUUGACAAACAUCUUGAACAAAUUCAAACCUUGUUGCACCUCGAGUCAUUAACUGUUCGUAUUCUAGGAAUAUGGGGUAUGGGAGGGAUAGGAAAAACUGAAAUUGCUGGUGCAAUCUAUGAAAAACUCGCAACUCAUUUUAGUUUUAGUGGCAUAGUUAAAAAUGUUCAACAGGAAAUAAAACUAUAUGGAGUAGACCAUGUAAAAAGCAAAUACUUAUCGCACCUUCUAGUUCAACAAGACAAACGUUUCAACGUUUCAUUUGAUCCGAGGCUCAAACGGACAAACGUUCUUCUUGUUUUUGAUGAUGUGAAAGAUUCUGAUCAAUUUAUUGAUUUAAUUGGGACAUGUAGUAAUUUUGGCCUCGGAAGUAGAAUCAUUGUGACUAGUAGGGACAAACAAGUGCUUAAGAAUGCCAAUGUUGAUGAAAUAUAUCACGUAGUUGAGAUGGAUGAUAACAAUUCUCUACAACUCUUCUGCUUAAAUGCUUUUAAACAAAAAGAACCAAGAGAAACUUAUGUGACUUUAACGACAAAGGUAUUAAAUUAUGCUAAAGGAGUUCCACUAGCUCUUAAAGUUUUGGGCUUAUUUCUUCAGGAUAGAGCAAAGGAGUCAUGGGAAAGUGAGUUGCAAAAGCUUGAAAAGAUUCCCGAGCCUGGAAUUUUCAAUGUGUUGAAAUUGAGUUAUGAUGGACUUGACGACGAACAAAAAGAUAUAUUUCUUGAUAUAGCUUGUUUGUGUAGAGGAGAAGCCGAGGAAUGUGUAGUUCAAACAUUGGAUUGUUAUGGUUUUUCUACUCGUAUUGGAAUGGAUGUUCUUCAAGAUAGGUCUCUUAUAUCUAUUUCAGAAGGUAGAGUUUGGAUGCAUGAUCGAAUACAAGAAAUGGGACAUGAAAUUGUUCGACAACAAAGUGUCAAUAAUCCGGAAAAACGUAGUCGAUUACACAAACCUGAUGAUAUAUAUGAUGUUUUAACAAAGAACAAGGGACAAGGAACAGAUGCAAUCCAGAGCAUAGUAUUGGACUUAAACAAAAUAAAAAAAGUUCAGUUACAUGCCAAAACUUUUAAGAAAAUGCAUAAUCUCAAAAUGAUUCAGUUUUACAAAACUUAUUGGUUUGAAAGUUACUCAAAUGUGACAUUUCAUACAUUUCUUAAUAGUUUUCCGGAUAAUUUAAAAUUUCUUGGUUGGACUGGUUUCCCUCAAAAAUCUUUGCCGCAAGAUUUUUGUCCAAAUAAUCUUGUUGCACUUGAUAUGCCUUCAAGCGACCUUGAACAACUAUGGGAGAGAGAUCAGACUUUACCAAAUUUGAAGAGACUUGACCUUAGCUAUUCUGAGAAGAUUAUUGGAUUACCAGACCUGUCUUUGUUUCCAAAUAUUGAAGAAAUAAUUCUCACUGGUUGUCUAAGUUUGGAACAAGUUUACUCCUCUAGCAUCCUCCAUAAACUUAACUGGUUAUAUGCAGAUGGUUGUACAUCACUCAAGAGUUUAAGUAUUCCUAGCAAUAUUCUAUCAAGAUCAACUGGAUCAGUUCAUCUGUAUGGUUGUCGCAACCUUGAAACAAUUUUAAUCACCAGUUCAACUGAUGUAUAUGGAUAUUUAAACUGCGAAUUUGAUGAUAAAACAGUAAUAGAUUCAUAUUUUGCGAGAGGCUACGGGUUUUUGGGUGAUAUAUAUAAAAGGAUGUUUUCAAAUUUCAACGAGUUUUGUUGCUUAGAUCUGUUGGAAUGUGAGUCCCUAACAUGCCUACCAGCUGAAUUCUUCAAUUUGAAGUUUCUAACAAGAUUUCGUCUCAGUGGUUCUAUAGAAAACUUAGUAGCGCUUCACUUAGACGGUACAGCAAUUACAGAACUACCUUCAUCAUUGCAUCAUUUGGUUAGGCUUGAAGAAUUGACUUUGCGAGGUUGCAGAAAGCUUAAGACUAUUCCAUCUUCCAUUGGAAAUCUCAGCAAACUUCUCAAAUUACACCUUACUUACUGUGACUCACUUGAAACUUUCCCAAGCAGCAUUUUCAAAUUGAAGUUGACAGCACUUGAUUUUAAUGGUUGCUCAAUGCUUAGGACCUUUCCAGAAGUCCCAUCUGACAUUGGUGUAUUAUCAUCCUUGACUGAAAUUUCACUGCGAGGAACCAAUAUUGUGACCCUUCCUGACAGUAUGGUUCAUCUCUCAAGUUUGACAUCACUUGAUUUAAGUGAUUGCAAAAGCCUUGAAUGUAUUCCAAAGCUUCCGCCAUGUCUAAAUGAGUUGUUGGCAUUUGAUUGCACAUCCAUUAAGAAAGUGGUGCAAAAUCCAUUGUUGAAACUCAUGUCUGAUUCCAAUGACGAAAUGGAUAGUAUCUGCGAGUUCCAUCUCACCAACAGUGAAGAGUUAGAGGCAUCUUCUUGGAGUUAUAUAGUAAACGAAGCAUUGAUUAAGAUCACUGAUAAUGCAUAUCUGUCAGCGCUCUUCUGUUUUCCAGGGAGUAAGGUUCCGGAUUGGUUCAUUCACCGUUGCCAGGGACAUUCAAUAACUGUGAAAAGUAAUUAUGAACAUUUGUGCAGUGAAAAGAAGCUCAUUGGUUUUGCUCUCUGUUUUGUUUUUAGAGAUGAAGUCAUGGAUGGCACAAGAAUAGGAGUUAGAGGCAUUGAAUACAAAUUAAGCUUUAUAUCUGAUAGUAAGCUAGACUUUUCAUAUGGCAAGUUGAAUUGUGAGUAUCGAGAUAGGUCUUUCAUCCAAAAUCACACGCUUAUAUGGAAUCAUCAAAUUGACUUAGCAAGAAUUAGCAAUAGUUUCUUUGAUGCCUACAACAUCAAUUUUGAGAUCCUAGGUGAAAUUUGGCCCUCACGUUAUCAAUUAAACGUCAAGGUGAAAGAGUGUGGAUUACGUCCUCUGUUUAUUACCAAAGAACCGAAUGCAAGCAAAGCUGCACAAUAAUUCAGUUUAGUGGAAAAAAAAACAAAAGAAGAUGGAUGGCUAGUUAUUACAAACAUUUGAUAAACAUAACUCAGAAGGAAACAUUAUUUUCUGCACUUCGAGGAGAACACAGAUCAUCCCUCAUCCUAGAGAUUGUCUACUCAUUUAAAUUGAAUGUGCAAUUUCUCCUUGUCGAGAGUAUGCAAUAGUUAGCUGUGGCUUGACACUUAAUUUGAAGAUCGUUUCAAUUUUAAAAUGAUAUUUCACCUCGGAUUCUUUGAACUAUGUAUUAGCAUACUCUUGCAUGGUUCUUUCUAUAGACGUAUUCGAAAUGGUGUACUCUAAGAACCAGGAUCAGGGUCCCUUGUUCCUCGACAAAAUGGCGUUAAGUACGACAAUUGUCUUUCUGUUUACGCUUUCAGGAGGUGAAGUGUGAUGUGAAUUCUUUGCAUAUUGUUCUGCAAGAGAUAAUGGAGUUAUCUUUGAGACCCUUAAACCAAGUCAUGGCGGCUCUAUAAAAUGUGAGAACCAAAAGUUUUCACUUUACUCCGCUCCUGUCCUGAUGGUAACUAAAAUUGUGUCCACAUGCACGAAGUACUCGGUGAGGUCUCUAGUACCGUCAUAAGUCUCCACCUUUGGGGAUUUCUUUAAAUACUUAGGGAUGAUGCACUCAGUGAUCCGUUUUGUGAACGGGUUCCGUUGAUGGCGAGUGACACACUCUUCAGUAGAGUUCUGUUUGUGUCUCCUUCAUGGACGGUGACGGUGGUGAGAGGGAAGCUCCCUUGGACGAUGACUAGCAGGGAGACGCCACUUUUCCAUACUGGAGCAGAAAAUGAUUAGUAUGUUAAUGAAGAUCACAGUGAAAAUUCUUUUGACAUGGUGACUAGAGAUACAUGUAAAAAAAUAUUAAUACUUUGAUGCUCAAGUUAUAUGAGAUUAAGUUAAAACGUUUUAAUUAUAAGUAGAAUU